UUGACUGGCUAUGGCGGACUCUAGACUGCGUGCGAUUUUGUCAAGCGCUUGAGCUUUGCCGACCAAGGCUAGCGUAGGGCUUCGCCAGGCCUAUUGCCGAUCUCGAUGCUGCUGCGCCUGAUGCGAUCUACGAUCGUCGGGAGGAGGAUCACUGAGCAAUGUGCUUGAGACUGCGGCGCCGGGCGCCAGCAGAUUCCUCCGCGGGCAAAGGCAAGAGCAAGCAAUCCAAACGAAGGGUUCGCCAUGGAUUCUCUUGCGUCAAAGGGAGGGCCAGCCAUCCCAUGGAAGAUUUCUAUGUCGCCGAGUACCAGAUUCACAGGAACCACGAGCUGGGCUUGUUUGCCAUCUACGACGGGCAUCUCGGCCACAGUGUUCCCGAUUACUUGAAGCGCAAUCUCUUCAACAACAUUCUCAAAGAGCCAGGAUUCUUUACAAACCCGAGCAAUGCAAUAAGGAAGGCGUACCAGGAGACGGAUCAAACCAUACUAGCCAAGGCCCCGGAGCUGGGCUCCGGCGGCUCUACUGCAGUGACUGCAAUUUUGGUAGACGGAUUAAGAUUACUGGUGGCCAACAUAGGUGACUCCCGCGCCGUGCUGAGCGAGGCCGGCAAGGCUCGCCAGCUCUCGGUCGAUCACGAGCCCAGCAACGCCUCGGAGCACAAGAACAUCCGGGACAGAGGCGGCUUUGUUCUCAACAUGCCAGGCGAUGUGCCUCGCGUUGAUGGCCAAUUGGCCGUAGCUCGAGCUUUCGGCGACAAGAACCUCAAGGAUCACUUGAGCGCGGAGCCGGACAUUGUCGACGAGCAGCUCUCUCCAGACGCGGAGUUUUUGAUACUCGCGAGUGAUGGGCUCUGGAAGGUGAUGAAGAACCAACACGCUGUGGAUUUGAUAAAGAAGAUCAAGAACCCAAAAAACGCCGCGAAGAGGUUGACGGACGAGGCCCUGGCGCUCAAGAGCAUGGACGAUAUUUCGUGUGUCGUUGUUCGUUUUGUUUGAAAAGAUUGAUUGUAAGUAAGGAGAAAGGAAAGCAAGAAGAAAGGUUAACUCACUGUAUAAUAUAAACCCAUGAUUCUUCCCGCU